ACCUGUAUUAAUCAGGCGUGUUUAGACUCGCCUCUGUGGAGCAGCAGCAGCUCUUCUCCUCCUCCAGAUUCAGCUCAGUCAGGAGUGAGUGUGCUGCUGUUCUGCAGGUACUGGCAGUAAAUCAGGCUGUAGAGGAGAGUGUGUGAUUUUAGGGAGUGUGUGUGUGUGUGGAGGAGGGGGGUGUGGGAUAAAGAACAGACCCAGAUCUCAGUGAAAGGCUGAAAUCGGACACCUGAUGGUCCUCCUUUCAGACUCCUCGCUCUUUCUCCUCCCCUCUCGCUCCCUCCAACUAAACGUUGCGAAAUUCUUCAAGUUUUGAGCUCCUCCUCGAGAUCUCCGCGGCCUCUAAAGUUAGCUCCAAAGUUUCUUAUAGAUGAACAUCCAGCCGCUGAACAGCUUAAACAUCUGUUUAACAUUAAGGGAGAAAAGGGGAAAACCGAACCGCGAGCUGAGAAAAGCGUGAAAACAGCGGAGAAAGAACAGCAGCAGCAGGAGGAGGAGGAGGAGGAGGAGGAGGGCGCCUAACGGGACGAAGAGCAGGAGCAGAACUUCUGGAAAACUAUGGGCACAUAGCUGCUGUUAGCUUGGCUGCAUUUGUCACCCAGUUUGACAACUCAAAGAUUUCUGUUUCUGCGUUAAUCCUCCUCCUACAAACACAGGAAUAAAAUUACCGGAGGACCCCCCACAAAAGAAAAAAUGACACCAGGACCUUCUGAGAAAUGAAUCCCAUCUGGAUAGGGCUUUAGUGUGUUAGGCAGAAACAUCACCAUUGUUGGACUCUGUACUGGACUGAAGGUUCCAGGGCCAAUGGAGGGAGAGAAGGAGAGAGAAAGAGAGAGAGGAGAAGAGAAAGAGAGUGAUGAGACAGAGGAGGAUGCUGAGGGAGCAGCCUUGGUGUGGCAGGAAGGCUACACAGAAGAUGACCUGGACUUACCCAUCAUGCACUGGGAAGCUCUGAGCUUGCGAAUCGCAGAACUCGAAAGACAAGAGGAAGAAAAAAGAGAGAGAAAUAAGGAUGUAGCUCGUUGGACAGAGCCAUGGCCGGAGUUACAUGAUCUUAGACACAGGGACGCCUGUGAAGAUGUCGAAGACAGUCGCCUGACUGCAUUAACAUCACGACUCCAGAGUCAUAUGAACCUACAGCUCUGCUUCAUCAACAACAGUGAGAGUGAGGGCGAGGAGGAGGAAGACGGCGCAAAAAAAGAGUGUGAGAAGAGUAGCAGUGGGCAGGUGCAGCAGCCCCAGCAGGGUUCCAGUUCUGUGACCCACAAGAAAACCAAAUCAGGCAGGUUCAAGAGAGAGGUCAGGGCUGCUCUCAGCACGCUCAGACACAAGCUGAGGUUGGAACAAAAACAGACUAUAGCCCCCAGUGAUGCAGUCAAACAGAGACCACACUACGAUUGCAGUGACUUACAGAAUUUCAGCUUAAAGGAGCUAAAAGCUUUGAAGACCACACUGAGUAAAGACAUUCACAACCUCAGCUCAGAAUUGGUGGGUCGUCUUCUGACAAGGGACCAGCUGAGGACUGAGCAGGAUGCCAUGUUACUGGAAAUACAGGACAUGAGGUCGCUGUGAUAUCACAGACAGAGGAGGUCACUUUGUUCAAGGAACAAAAGGGAGGCUGCCACCAUAAAAACAUACAGACCUGGGAGAUCGGCCUGGAAGAAUGAGAUUGUACUGUGAAAAGCUUCACCACUCCAAAAAAGACUGUUUAAAAUUGCACAGAUUUCCAUUUGUUUGAGUUGUUUUUUUUUGUUGUUGUUUUGCUUAUGGUGUUUUUAAAGGGUGUUUUUAAGGCAUUGAUAAGCUGCUAAUGCUGCCUAAUGAGCAAACCUCUUUCCAACUGUCUUUGACAAAUCAUUAAUUUUAUUCUUUUUUAAUCCAGUUUAUUUACAUUUACAUCACACUUACAACAUUUUGGUGAUUUACUCUGUGGGUAAUUUGAUAGUCAAUAGUUUACAGUCACACCCAGACACUUGAGGAGCAAAGAGAUAAAGCAAUAAACUCCAGAAGGGUUGACGUAUGUUGCCGUGUGUUCAGCACCUGCGCUCAGUUUUGUGGGAGAGUCUAGAUUUACAUACUAAAAUGUGGGUUGUGGAACACUGCCUAUAAGAAUAAAUGACAUUGGUGUAAACA